AUGGGGGGCAAGAAAGAAAACAAGGUCGCUUACUUCGAAAAGCUCAAGGACCUCCUCGAGGAAUACAAGAGCAUCUUCAUCGUCACCGUCGACAAUGUCUCUUCCCAGCAGAUGCACGAGAUCCGCCAGUCGCUCCGUGGCGAGGGUGUCGUCCUUAUGGGCAAGAACACCAUGGUCCGCCGCGCUCUGAAGGGCUUCAUCAACGACUUCCCCGAGUACGAGCGUCUCCUCCCGCACGUCAAGGGCAACGUUGGCUUCGUCUUCACCAACUGCGACCUCAAGGAGAUCCGUGAGAAGAUCCUCUCCAACCGUGUCGCCGCCCCCGCCCGUGCCGGUGCCCUCGCUCCCGGUGAUGUCUUCGUUCCUGCCGGAAACACCGGUAUGGAGCCCGGUAAGACCUCUUUCUUCCAGGCCCUCGGUGUCCCCACCAAGAUUGCCCGUGGUACCAUCGAAAUUACCACCGACCUCAAGCUCAUUGAGGCUGGUAACAAGGUCGGUGCCUCCGAGGCUACCCUCCUUAACUUGUUGAACAUCUCUCCCUUCACCUACGGUAUGGGUAUUUCGCAGAUCUACGACAACGGCCAGACUUUCGAUAGCUCCGUCUUGGACAUUGAGGAGUCCCAGCUGCUCAAGGCUUUCUCUUCUGCCAUCAGCACCAUUGCCUCUAUCUCCCUGGCUGUCAACUACCCCACUCUGCCCUCCGUCAUGCACUCCGUUGUCAACUCCUACAAGAAGGUCAUCUCUGUUGCCAUUGAGACCGAGUACGAGUGGGAGGAGAUCAAGGAGCUCAAGGACCGCAUUGCCAACCCUGACGCAUACGCCGCCGCUGCCCCUGCCGCUGGCGGUGCCGCCGGUGGUGACGAUGCCGCCCCGGCCGCCGAGGAGAAGAAGGAGGAGGAAGAUGAGGAGGACUCUGACGCUGACAUGGGCUUCGGCCUGUUCGACUAA